AUGUUCUCACCACUUGGCCAAAACCCUGCAACUCCCAAUCGCACUGCGCCGGCGCCUGUUACCAGCAGUCGGUGGGAUAAUGCUCGAGAAUAUAGGCGAAGAGUGCAACGAGCGCCUCAAAUAGACCCUCGCUCUGAUGUCUCGAUCCCAGAUGUAGAACAGCAUGCCGAAUUCUGGGUACGAAAGCUCGUCCUGGCCAUGAUAAAUCUCGAAGACAUCAAGGAUCCUGAGAAUUCAAGCGCAGCCAGGAUGUUUCGACCAGAAGCGUACGACUCUCUACUGCUCGAGGCGACGUGUCGCGAAAUCUUCUCAGCUCUAAUCGACCGGUGCAAGAGUGGCUUCCGAGGGCCAGCUCAGUUCAACAAAGCCCUGAAACCCCACCGUGGUCUCGAGGCUGAUGCUGAUGCGACGUGCGCAGAGCGCAUGCAGAAUGUAGUGAAUGCACUGCUGUGGAAUAAAAGAGUUGCGAAAGACGUGUUAUUUGAAGACUGGAAGAUUCGGCUGCUUGUAAACCAUCCUUUGGCUUACGAUAAGGAGAAGGAUUCACAGAAGGGCUCGAACGAUCAGCGGAGAAAGAGACUGGAAUCCGAAAGGGAGAAGCUGAGACAGACUGAACAGGAAUUGCUUGCUUAUCGCUCUAGUCAGGAACGAUCAUGA